AUGGCAUCCUCUUCCGACCAUAAACAGCCCACGCCCUUCCCUCAUGGCGCUUUUCUGCCCAAUGGUCAAUUCGACAAUCAGCAGCGUGAUCCUCCUCUUCCUGCCGACCAUCCCACCAUCGGGUACAAGCUGAACCACUUCAUGCUGCGGAUCCGCGAUCCCGCAAAAUCCAUCCUCUUCUACGUCGACAUCAUGGGGAUGCGGACCGUUUUCACCAUGAACGUCGGUCCAUUCACGAUAUACUACCUCGGAUAUCCACAGACCGACGAGCACCGGGCGGACCUGGCGAAAUUUGGCGCCGACACCGCCGCUAAACUUCAACAUACCUUGGGGUUGUUGGAGCUAUACCAUGUCCACGGUUCAGAGAAACAGGACCCCGGCUAUUAUUCGACGGGCAACGAGCCGGGCCAUCUGGGGUUUGGCCACCUGGGCUUCACCGUGCCGAGCGUGCCCGAAGCGCUAAAUCGAAUGAGGGAGCACGGAGUCGAGAUUUUGAAAGACCUGGGCGUCUGCACGAGGGAGAGCAUCCCGAUCAGUGACUGGGAGAACGAGCGCGGCAUCGGCGUCGAGGUCAAGGGCACCGACAGCGAGAUCCAUGACGAGUAUAGAAAGGUCUUUGAGAAGAUUGCAUUUGUGAAAGAUCCGGACGGAUAUAUCGUCGAGUUGGUGCCGCAGAAUAUGCGCCCUCUAGACCCCUGA